AUGUCGACGAGACAGCUUCGGAAGCUCCAGAAGCAGAGGGAACUGGAAGCAAAGACUGUCCAAGAACCCGAAGGCAGCGAUGACGAUGAAGACGAUGAGGUUGCUCCCGUAGUGGCAAAACCUCGGGCGAAUUUGUUUGCUGCACUUGGGGGAGAGGAUGAGGAUGAGGAUGAAGGCGAUGACAAUGCUCACGAGAACCCUGAGCAAGCAUCAGCACUGGAUCCCCCCGUGGAAGAACCUGUCGCUGCAGCUACUGCCCGGAAAAAUAAGAAGAAGAAGAAGAAGGGCAAGACCAAGAAAGCUGCUCCGGCCCAGGAAGCCGAGCAAAGCGAGGAUGAUGAAAUCGACAGAGCCAUCAAGGAAUUGAAGAUUGAGCAGAAGCCCCAGGCAGGAUCCGUCACCAGCAAUGCUCCCACAUCCCAAGGGCUUUUCAAGAUUAACCUCUACAAUCUCAAGGCCAUCAAUGAGAUGCGAAACCUGUUCGGUAGAGACACGAUUGAGUCGGCAAACGCAGAAGAAGAGGAGCAGCGUCGUGGGGCACGCCAUGGCAUCAUGCCGGAACAGGUGGACUUGGAGACGUUCCUGAGAGGACCACCUAAUGCUCGAAAGCUCCCUGAAGUGUCUAGAAGACGCAACAUCUUCAUCCAGGGGAGAGAGCAUUGGCCAAUGAGUACCACGGGGGGGUUGUCCUUGAAAGAGCUCGGCAAGACGGCCGAUGGAGUCGAGUAUACUUAUGCCCAUGCCCCGGAAUAUGAUGAAAUCCAGGCCUUGUUUUUUGCACAGGUGCAGAUGGGGGAUCCCAUGAGAAUGGUGCAUCUUCUCGCCCAAUUCCCCUACCACGUCUCAACGCUACUGCAAGUGAGCAGUGUGGCAAAGCAAGAUCAGAACAUGGCACUGGCCGCGGAGCUGUGUGAGCGCGCCUUGUUUAGCUUCGGACGAGUAGCCCCCUCGUCGUUCAAACAGGGUCUUGAACAAGGAAUGGCUCGCAUGGACUUUAGGAGACCAGAGAACCGUCAGUUUUGGCUAGCAGGGUAUCACUACAUCAAGAGCCUCAUAAGGAAAGGCACCUAUAGGACGGCGCUGGAGUGGGCGAAGCUCUUCUACUCUCUAGACCGCAGCGAUCCUUAUGCGAUGAGGCACUUGAUUCAUUUCUUAGCCAUCAGAGCGCACGAAUCGAAGUGGCUACUCGAUUUCUUAAACCAUCUGGACACAGAAGGCGGCCGAGACGACACGGUGUAUAUCCUGCAGAGCCGAGUAUUGGCGUUGCUACAAAUAGGCGACGAACAGCAGGCAAAGCAGCAUCUUAUCGAGGGGAUGCAGCGAGUACCAUGGUUAUACUGCGCGCUGUUCCAAGGCCUGAACGUCGACACCCCGCCGUCUGUCUGGGGCAUCCAUUGCGAGACGGAGGCCACCGAGUUCUGGGUGAAACUGUACCUGUACCAAACCAAAGAUUUGUGGAACAAUCCGCAGGCAACACGGCUUUUACUAGAUGUGGCCAAGAGUAUUGAACGGGUGGACGCAAAGUCCCUACCAAAGGACGAGCAUCCGAUUGAUCUGGGCGUGGCCCGAAUGGCCUACAUCGACGGGCAGACAUCUCUCCUGGCGCUGGUGCCGCGGAGCAUGCUAGAACAACAACCCAACUACGAAUUCGAUCCCCUGCCGCCGGCAGAGAAAGAUAACAUCUUCACGGGAGAAGGAUGCAGGCUCCCUUGGCGUGAGCAGCGGCAGAACCCAGCGCGCCUCGGCGGCAUCAUUGCCCAGAUGGAAGAGCUUCUCGCGCGGAGGGGCCCUCCACCUCAGGAAGACGAGGACGCUCUCAUGGAGCAGCUUCGCGACGGAGCGUUUUUCGGUGCCGACGGCGAGGCUGAAGACGGCGAUGGCGUAGCUGAAGUGCCGGUGAGCGGCGAAGAUCGGGGGAUGGUGGCCGCGCUCAUCCAGAUGCUCGGGUUCGGGGGUGCCAGGGAGGCCGGCGCGGACGCGAGGGAAGGCGAGGCAUCUAGAGACAACGACGACGACGACGUGCAACCUGCGGAAGACGACGGCUCGGGGACUACAGACCUUCCGGGGUCAUGGCCAGCCGAAGAAGGUCGGCGGGAAUAA